AUGGUUAUUUCUCUGAACAAUCUAGAUGGUGAGUAUUCUCUCCCCCGCCCCAGAAAAGCAGUCCUUCCAAUUUAUUCCCUUUCAUUUUGUCAAGCUGAUGAACCGUCCAGUCUCCAGAACGGCAGUUCUCAAAAUGUAAAUAGCUCACGUCAGCGUAGAGAUGAUCUGCGCUCAAAUGAUCUUUCACCCCUGCGUUUGUUUACAAGACCUUUGACUGAGCUGAGUGGAGGGAGGUGAUCUCAAGUCAACAGAUCACUAGGAGAUAAGACAGGCACCCUCCUCUGAGAGCUGAAGUAUCUGGGAUGUAUGGCAAGCCCAGCCGGAAGUCUAGAUUUUGGUGAAUUUCCUUAAAAAUAGCUCAAAAACUACUUCUUUUUGAGAUUUUGCAAAAAAAUAAAGCAGCUCAGCAACUUUGGCCAAAACAAAAUAAACCCUCAACAACUUUACCAUAUUUCUGAAAUAUGGCAACCUUUACCCAAACCUCCUUCAUUAUUAUCAUUUAACGUCUUACAGCACACUAUGGCCACAUUCACACAAUACAUUCAAAGCACUCUGGUACCACUAUAAGCAAUCCUGGCUUCCUUCAGAGAAGUCUGGGAGCUGGAGUUUGUUUUGGGUGCUGGGUCUCUAGGAGUCCCCUAUUCAGCUCCCAGAGCUAAAAUUUCCCGUAGUUCUUUGUGAGGAGGGUUUGAUAGCUUAACUACUCUAGGAAUUGUUACUGUCUGAGGGGAAUGGGGGCCUGCCAGCAACUCUGAGCACCCUCAAGUAGCUGCAUUUCCCAGAAUCCUUCAUUGCAGGGGGUUGGACUAGAUAACCCUCGGGACCCCUUCCAACUCAACAAUUCUAUGAUUAUAAGAUGCACCCUUAGUCUUCUCCCCUCCUUGGUGCUCCUUUGCAUACCAAACAAGAGGUCCACCCGCUUUCUACUGCGCAGUAGGCGUAACUCUCCAAGAAUCUGAUAAAACUGUCUACUCACAAAGGCAGUUCCAAGUCUGAACGCUCUUUAUGGCAUCGCGCAGAGUUGCACUUGCUGUACAACACUUGAUUCUGAUUGCACAAUCUAAUUCCAUGUUGGUUCAAAGAAGCUUUUUGUAAAAAAAGAAAAACAAAACAGCUAUCCAGGAUGGAAUGAACUUUCUGGCAGAACCAGUUUCUCUUCCCAUGAGGUUCUGGAUCUAAAGCUGUUUGGCGCCCAGCUGUCCAGUCUGGUUCCUUGGCUUGAAGUCUAGCCUGCCUUCCAGAACCUUUUCCCAUGCUCUUUAUGAACCUGAGAUCGCCCAUGCAUUUUCUGCUUUUUCACCUCAUUGAGUUCACAGUUAGGUGGUGGUGGAGACCCAGGAGUGCCAGGAAUAACUCUGUCAUCUGCAGUUUCUUUGCAUUUGCCCAGAAUCUUUGAGGAGCUUGGCUUUCCCUCAGGCAGGCUCCUUGCCCAGUGGCCAAUUGAGGCCGUUCAGGAUGUCGGUUCUCGUAACGCUCAUUUCUUCUUGCUUGUCCCAUUCAUUUGCUGUUAUUUUUCUUCAGUUGAGCCUCUCUGAUUUUAAGCGUGAAUGGGCUUGCACGAGUUCCCUUCAAAAGAACUUGAGAAGAGCCGUGCUGGAUCAGGCCAGUGGCCUAUCUAGUCCAGCAUCCUGUUCUCACAGUGGCUGACCAGAUGCCUGUAGGAAACCCACAAGCAAGACCUGAGCCCAAGCGCCCCCUCCCCUCCUGUGGUUUCCAGCAACUGGGAUUCAGAAGCAUCUGUGCCUCCAGCUGCAAAGGCAGAGCAGAGCCAUUGUAGCUAUUAGCCCCUGAUAACAUUUUAAAGCCAUCCAAGUUGGUGGCCAUCACUGCUUCCUGUGGGAGGGAGUUCCAUAGUUUAACCGAGUGAAGGAGGACUUUUUUCUGUCUGUCCCCAAACUUCCAACAUUCAGUUAAAUGGGAGGCCCAUGAGUUCUACUGCUAUGAGAGAGAGGAAACCAUUUUUCUCUAUCCACUUACAAUCACAUAUCCAAUAUACAACAUGAAAACAAGAUUCCAAAGAAUCUUCUGGAGUUCCCUCCUCCCUUUGUGGGUCCUAUUGUUAAUCAUUUCCUCCUGCAUCUUUUAUGAUAAUGAAAAUCUUUUACAUCUCCAUUAUGUCCAGAAUUCACCAUUAAACUACAAGUGUUGUUCCAGUCCUACUAACGGUUUUAACUGUUUACAAUGGUUUUUAAGAUAGGUUAUAAACUUUCCCCAUUCCUUAUUGAAAUUUUGGUCUUCCUGAUUUCUGAUUCUUCCGGUCAUUUUUGCCAAUUCAGCAUAAUCCAUCAAUUUAGUCCGCCAUUCUUCUCUGGUUGAAACUUUAUCUUCUUUCCAUCUCUGUAAAACUUCUAUCCUGUCACCUCUCACUUGCCUUUUCUCUAAGCUAAAAAGUCCCAAGAGCUGCAGCCUUUUUUUCACAGGGGAGUCGCUUCUGCCACCAAAACUCAGUGAGAGUGGGGGGGGGGGUCUGCCUUAAUCUCAAGAGAGAGAAAAUGGGAAAAUUGCAGGGUGGGAGAGACCACUGCUGAAGGCAGCCAUGUUUAGGGAAGCUUUUAAUGUUUGAUGCAUUACUGUAUUUUAAUAUUUUGUUGGAAGCCACCCAGAGUGGCUGGGAAACCUAGCCAGAUGGGCGGGGUAUAAAUAAAUUUAUUAUUAUUAUUAUGUAUUAUUAUUAUUAUUAUUCUGAGCCCCAGUCACAUGGACUUCCAUAGCUUAUGGAACAGCUCACAGGGCAUCCCCAGGGGUGAUUCUUGGGGCCAUCUCUAUAGGGGAAGCCCCAUUUCCAAAUCGAGACCACGAAUGGCAGCAUCAAACUGCUUUGAUAACCGUGGCCCAUGCAGGCCCACCAAAGGGUUGGGGAGCUUCUUGGACUUUCAGAAAAAGACCCCCGCAGCUGUACUUUGUGGCAGCGCAGCUCCCCAACUCUCCCCUCUCCGCCUCCUUCCUGCAGAGGAGUCCAACAAGAAGCACCCGUUCCCUUGCCCCACGACCUACCGCACAGCCCUGACCUACUACUUGGACAUCACAAACCCGCCCCGCACCAACGUCCUCUAUGAGCUGGCGCAGUACGCCACGGACGCCACCCAGCAGGAGCACCUGCGCAAGAUGGCCUCCUCCCACACCGAAGGCAAGGUAGGUCCUGGCCACACCCUCCGCAGCUAGCUCCCCCUAGUGGCGUGGAGGCAACAUCUCAGAAAACGUUGAUUAGGGUUCUGCAAUUCCAGAGCUGGUUGUUGUGUGUCGGGCGUAGUGGGCCAAGCCGAGUGGGGCAGGGGCUGGUUGUCAGUCCGGGGUGUGCAUGUGUUUGCGUGCCUGCUUAACCCUUUCCCUAUCAAGAGUUAGAGGAGUCUUGUUCAGUGGUCCAGCAGGAAAGAGCAACUGGUCAUGGAAGAGAGGUGAAUCACUCCCUGUCUGUUGCCUCACCUCAGUGAACGUCUGAUUCCUGCUUUGAUUGCUGAGAGGCAAAAACUCUUAUUCUCCCCCCAUCCCCUAACCCAGGAGCCCUUCCAAUUGAUUCCCUUUUGUUACGUCAAGCUGAUGAACCGUCCAGUUUCCAGAACGGCAGUUCUCGAAAUUUAAAUAGCUGGAGGUUUGCCCUGAUUUUGCACCCCAGAAGGACUUGCUUUCAGCUCACGUAAGCAUAGAGAUGAUCUGCGCUCAAAUGUUCUUUCACCCCUGCGUUUGUUUACAAGACCCUUGACUGAGCUGACUGGAGGGAGGUGAGCUCAGGUCACCAGCUCACACUUAGCUGGGUAGGACAGGGAGCAACAAGUGGUCUCCUCCCGCUAGGAUUUUCCUUGCAGACCAGCAGUGACUUUCCAGGGCUCUGACCAGAGAGAGAAUCCCCUUUGUCUCCUCAUCCCUACCAGCUUGGAUCCUUCAUGGUGCUGAAAACAAAUUCUUAAUCUGAGCACAUGCUCAAGUCUGUUCAGCCUUAAGUAUUUGUCUUCUGCCGUAGAACUGACCUUAAAAGUCCUUUUGCACUAAAAUCUCCUCUUAGUUCUCUGUGUCUGCAUGCAUCAUUGUGGGUUAUUCUAACAAGUGAGGGCAGGGAGGAGCACCUCUUCUGGGGAUGGCCUGUAGCUCGGUAAUUCCCAAAUCUUUUUGGGCCGCUGUCCCCUUUGAGUUCCAUGAACUCACCCCCUUCCCUCCAAAAAGCAUUAUUCAGAAGAGUGGAUUGCACAGCCCACUAACAGAAUAAAAUUUAAAACAGUAGCAACAAAUGGCACAUUUAAUUAAUUAAUCCCAUUAAAACUAUUUAGUUUAAUUCAACAAAAUGGAUGAACUUGAUCCAGUGAUACCAGCUUUUAACUACAUUAUUAUUAUUAUUAUUAUUAUUAUUAAUUAUUUGUAUACUGCCCUACGCUUGUAGAUCUUGGGGCAGUUCACAACAUAAAAUUAAAAUAUAAAAACCACAAAAUGCAUAGCAAAAUGUAAACCUCCGGGACCCCCCCCCAACAGCCCUCCUUGCCUUUUAGCAUCCACCCCAGGUCCUCCCACCGCCCCUGCCCCCCGGGGCGCUACUUCUCCCUUUAGGAACCACUGACGAGCAAGUGCAUCUCUUUGUGGGCCUGCCCAGCAUAAUAAGUGGCUCACUGGAGGGCGUCUCUUCUUUCCUUGAUCCACACAGUCGCUGUAUCUCAGCUGGGUCGUUGAAGCCCGGAGGAACAUCCUGGCCAUCUUGCAGGACACGCCCUCCCUCCGGCCCCCCAUUGACCACCUCUGCGAGCUGCUGCCCCGCCUGCAGGCUCGCUACUAUUCCAUCGCUUCGACGUCCAAGGUGAGCACUGGGAGGCGCAGGGAGAGGGGGGGAGGGAGGUGUUCCGGGGCUUCCUCAGGUUCCCACCCUAGCAGGCCUUGUCUGCUGGCUAAUGUGUGGCAUUCAGUUCUUUCCAUCUGCCAGUGCUAGCCUUUUUGGAGGUUAGGGACGUGGGUGGUCUAAACCACUGAGCCUCUUGGGCUUGCCGAUCAGAAAGUUGGCGGUUCGAAUCCCCGUGACGGGGUGAGCUCCCGUUGCUCUGUCCUAGCUCCUGCCAACCUAGCAGCUCAAAAGCAUGCCAGUUCUAGUACUCAAAUAGGUGGCAGGAAGGUAAACGGCAUUUUCAUGCUCUCUGGUUUCUGUUGCUCCAGAAACGGUUUAGUUAUGCUGCUCACAUGACCCGGAAAGCUGUAUGUGGGCAAAUGCCUGAAAAUGGCCUGAAAGCGAGGUGAGCGCCGCAACCCUGUAGUCGCCUUUGACUGGACUUAACCGUCCAGGGGUCCUUUUUUUUUAGUGGAGGAUUCCUCCCUCAGGACUGGUCAAACUGACCUCCUACUUCCCUCACGCCAGCUGCACUGACAGUUGGCAUUCCGUGCCUGGCCCUUCAUGGUGUUUCAUUUUAAUGCAGCAGCCUGGAUACUUUUGGGGGCGAAGGGUGGGGGAGAGGAAGACAGGGCUUGCUGAGCCGUUCUAUCCCGGCUUGGUCACUGGGAUCAUCUGCAGGACCAUCGCUGGUUGUUCCUCCAGUGUCCCCGGCCCAGGCCUGUGACUUGAAGCUCCUCCACCAGCCCUGCCAUCAGCCUUCUCCCUCUCUUCUCGCCCCCUUCCCAGGUGCAACCCAACUCCAUCCACAUCUGCGCUGUGCUGGUCGAGUACAAGACCAAGACGGACCGCAUCAACAAAGGGGUGGCCACUAGCUGGCUGAAGAACAAGCAGCCCAACGAGAACGGGCACAAGUCCACAGUGCCCAUGUAUGUCCGGAAGUCCCAGUUCCGCCUGCCAUUCAAGCCUAGCACUCCCGUCCUGAUGAUCGGGCCUGGCACUGGCAUUGCCCCCUUCAUGGGCUUCAUCCAGGAACGGGGCUGGCUCAAGCAGCAAGGUGGGUGCCGUCCCAAACAAGUCCACCCUCUUUACUGGACUCUGAUUGGCCAUGCCAGUGGCAAAUGGGACGGCUUGUUGUUGAAUUCCACAAUCUGCACUAGGGGUGAGGGAUCUCAAGGCCUAAAGUGCUGUGGGACUCACUUGGGACUCUGGCCGCUCAUUGGCUGUGCUCUGUGCCUGCUGCAACUGCUCUUGCCUGCCUGAAAUUUGUCCUUGCAUGACUUGGAUGGAGAAGUAUCUCUGUAGAAACCUCUGGCUUCUCCACGGCUUCCGCAGUUCUUUUCCCCUGUAAAAUGCUGGGGUGGAAGCAUGAAGCACUGUCUAGCCCUGAUUUGACUUAACAGUGCUUUGUAGGCCAGUGCUGCCAGGCGACAUAGCAGUGUUGUGAAGUCCAAUCAGAGCAAGGGCGUGAAGCGUUGCCCUUGCUCUGAACCGGCUUGCUGAUGCAAUGGAGGUCAACGCUGCCAGGCAAUGUUGGCGUUGCCUGAAACCAAAUCAGAAUGAAGGCACUCCUCCCUGUCUUGGCUCUGGCACCUUGGGAGGGAAAACUAGAUGGCACCCCACAACCUACUUCUUUGUCUCUGAGUUCCUUUGUAAGGGCACGAUACAAGUUUAAUAAAAUAAAAUAAACCGAGUCUUGCGAUUGGGAGGCCAGUUUAGAGCAGGGCUUCAGGCAGAGGCGCAGUGGGCAGCCUCCAUCACAAGAGGGGGCGCCCUGUCAAUAAGUUGCACCAGAGUGAAGGAUGGGGUUUUUUUCGUUCCAGGCAAGGAUGUGGGCGAGACGGUGCUUUAUUACGGCUGUCGGCACGAGAACGAGGACUACCUCUACAAGGAGGAGCUGGCCAAGCUUCUCAAGGAAGGGGCCCUCACUCAGCUCAAUGUCGCUUUCUCCAGGGACCAACCUCAGAAGGUAUUCCUGCUGUGCACCUCCCUUGAUUUUUGCAGGGCUUUGUCUGUCAAGCGUAAUUCUGACACUGCAGUGAGGCCAUCGCCCUCCUCCUUUUCAUUCUUGUCUUCCUCCUCUUAAUUAAAUUGAUGUACCGUCCUUCAUCUGAAGGCCACGUGGCGGUUCACCGCACGCAACAUAAAUUUCGCAACGUCCUAUCUGUCCGGCAUAAGGAUCAACACAGUUACAUAAAUGCAACUCCAAUAAGGAAUGCAAGGUGAAAUGCAAAUUGUCAUAAGAGCAUCAGCAUAAAAAGGAGGAAAUCAGCGGUGGGGCAUCUGAAAUACAAAGGCAGCACACAAAUCUCUUCUAAGGGUUGACAGGUCUCUUCAGGGGGUGGGAAAGGGGGCUGCACUGAUGGGAGAGGAGGGGCGCCCCUUGUGUCGCUGCCCCCCCCCCGGCCGUGCAGCUGGGCAACAUGGCAUCAUGGCAAAGAACUCGUGCCCGGCCGAUAUACAUGCUGCCCGAUUGAGUUUGUGGUAGGGCCACUGCAAUUGCUCACCUAGGCACUUCCUAUCAGUUGUCUUCCUUAGCUCCUCUCUGUUUAAAUGUGCCAAGUCACCUUUGCAAUCAUAAGGACUAGAAUCUUUUCCGUGUGUGUGUGUGUGUGUUUUAAUGAAUCUUUUCCCUCUGUGUGUUUUAAUGAAGCAGAUGAUAAGAUUCUGUAACACCUUCUGGGUGUUGCUGGAAUACAACUCCCAUAAUCCCUGGCCAUUGCCUGUGCUUCCUGGGGGACCGAUGGGGCUGGAGUCCAUAAACACCUGGAAGUUACCAUGUUGGCUGCUCCUAGUGGAUGCCACACGGUAUGCUAACCCGGCACCCUCCAGAUGUUUUGACUACAACUCCCAUCAGUCCCAGCAAGCUUGGAAAGGGCCGAACUAAAGUGUUUAAGGCAGGCAUAGGCAAACUCGGCCCUCCAGAUGUUUUGGGACUACAACUCCCAUCAUCCCUAGCUAACAGGACCAGUGUUCAGGGAUGAUGGGAGUUGUAGUCCCAAAACAUCUGGAGGGCCGAGUUUGCCUAUGUGUGUUUUGAGAGAGAGAGUGAGUGAGUGAGUGAGUGAGUGAGUUACGGUUGGUGGGAAGUUGCUUUGUGCUUCUUACGAUAUGACUGCAGAUGAUACAACUGGGAGACUUCACAAGCUUGAACGGCUUCUGUUCCCCAUCCCACCCCCUCAAUCUGCUUUUGCUUCUCUAGAUUUACGUCCAGCACCUGUUGAAGAAGAACAAGGAGAAUGUCUGGAAGCUGAUCCACGAAGGAAACGGGCACAUCUACGUGUGCGGGUGAGUAGGGGGCUUGGUUGUGGGUGUGCAGAGCCCUCUCUUGAGGCAGCUGCUGCAGUCCCUUUGCCUCUCUGAGCUGCAGAAGAUGGAGCAGGCAGGAAAAGAAGGAGGCCAGGACCGGAACUGGCAGCUGGGAACUGCGCAGGAGCAGAAUUUUUGGCUAAACAUUUGGGAGAAACUGCCUGAACGCCUUAGCUGCUCCGAGACCGGAAUGAGCUGACUCAGGAGGAGGUGGACUCUCCUUUAGUGAGGAGGUAUUCAAGCAGAGGACGGUUGCUGUGUCCUGCCUUGAAGAGCCUGCCUUGAGCAGAGUAGUUGUCCUGGCAACUUCCGGGUCUUCAAUUCAGCUCAGAAGUGAGGCUACUCUACACUCCUGGCAGUGGCUCCCUGGCCCUACCUGGAUAUGCCGUUGUGGGUUGAACCUGAGACCUUCUGCAUGCAAAGCAGGUGCUCUGCAGCUGGGCUAAGGUCCUUUCCAAUCUCCCGUUAUAUCUGUAAGAGGAGACAGUCCUGGGCAAGGCAGACUUACGAUAGUCAGUUUCAUAUACAAGUAUUUACUGGAAGUUCUCGAGAAGUGGUGAAGCUGAACUUCUCCACCAAAAGGCUAUGUAUCUCAAGAGCUGUGUUUCAGUUGAAAGAAAAUGAUGGCUCUGUCUCCCAAAACGAUGGGGAAUCUGUCUUCAAACCCAACAUGAGUUCCAUUUGUUGAGCAGGUUUUCCUCCCAGAACCUGGUCCUUCUGCUCUGUCACUGAGCUGUGAGCCGUUAAAAAUUAAGACAUAGGAUCUGAAUUGUAGAAUUUUAGAGUUGGAAGGGUGCCCACGGGUUAUCUAAUUCAAACCCCUGCAAUGCAGAAAUCUCAACCAAAGCAUCCAUGACAGACAGCCAUCCAACCUCUGCUUAAAAACCUCCAAGGAAGGAGAGUCCACAACUUCCUGAGGGAGCCCGUUCCACUGCUGAACAGCUCUUACUAUCACCAGAUUUGGAUGCAAUGAGUCCUCUGCUCAUUUCCAAAAAAUGUUUCCCCAUGAGGCCGCAUUAAGUUGCAUAAAACUCCUUUCACAGUUUGCUUCAGCCUAACCUGAAGGUUACGUGACCCAGAAGUGUCUUCAGACAGCGCUGGCCCCCGGCCUCUUAAGCGAGAUGGGCGCGCAACCCCAGAGUCUGACACGACUGGCCCGCACGGGCAGGGGUACCUUUACCUUUACCUUUAACCUGAAGGUUAGGGACACGGGUGGCAAUGUGGGUUAAACCACAGAGCCUAGGACUUGCCGAUCAGAAGGUCGGCGGUUCACAUCCCCACGACGGGGUGAGCUCCCGUUGCUCCUGCCAGCCUCGCAGUUCAAAAGCAUAUCAAAGUGCAAGUAGAUAAAUAGGUACCGCUCCGGCAGGAAGGUAAACAGCAUUUCCGUGUGCUGCUCUGGUUCGCCAGAAGCGGCUUAGUCAUGCUGGCCACAUGACCUGGAAGCUGUACGCCGGCUCCCUUGGCCAAUAAAGCGAAAUGAGCGCCGCAGCCCCAGUCACGACUGGACCUAAUGGUCAGGGGUCCCUUUACCUUUUAACCUGAAGCUGCCUACUGAAAUUUCACCCCUCUGUGUGUUUCCCCACCCUGCCCACCUGCAUCCUAAAACCUGCCCUUGAGUCAAAUCUGAAGAGACUUCCGUGUGGUUCGAUUGUCAAACUAGUGAGAGACCCAGUUGGGUUACGAAUGCAAUAAAUAAGGGCUGCACUUGACCUAACGGGACCUCCCCCUCUCUGCGGGGGUCUUCCUUUUUGCAGCGAUGCCCGGAACAUGGCCCGCGACGUGCAAAACGCCUUCUACGAGAUCGUGGCUGAAUAUGGGAAGAUGAACCAGCAGCAGGCUGUGGAUUACGUCAAGAAGCUGAUGACCAAGGGGCGCUACUCCCUGGACGUCUGGAGUUAG